AUGUUUCCAGCUGUGCGAGUAAUUUUCUUCUUCCUAUCCACCUUACUGUUCGCCCAUGGAAUUUCCUGCUGGUCAGACGAAGGGCACUUGCUCAUAAGUGCCAUCGCCUACGAAGGGCUCACUGAUGAUGAAAAGUUUGUGCUUCAAACAAUUUUUAAAAAUUACAAAGAAGACAAUGAUUUCAAUGACCCCGUGACAGCAGCAGUAUGGGCUGAUCACAUAAAGCCAAUUGAUUAUCACUACACUACUAAAGUUAGGAGAAUAGGAGGACUGGAGCUAAUGAACAAAUGGCACUACACAAGCAAUCCAUACAAUCCAACGAAUAUUCCCUUGAAUGAGUACCGUAAGAAAUAUUACCAAAAGACGGAUAACGCAUUAAGUGUAUUGAAGAGCAUUUUUACUUCAUUAAAAAAUAUGAACAAGCAAGAAAAUCAUGGGACAUUUUUUUCUUACAAUUUUAACUUAAGAUACUUUAUCCACAUUUUCGGGGAUAUACAUGAGCCAUUACACGUUGUCGAAUUUUUCAAUAAACAUUUUCCCGAAGGAGAUAACGGAGCAACAUUAAUCAAUAUAAAGUAUAAUAAUAAUGUGGAAAAAUUGCACUACCUAUGUGAUUGCGUUUUUCAUACCAGGAGUAGAAGAUGGCCCACCUCUGGGAUGAAAGAAAUGCUGGAAGAAGGAAAUGCCUUGAUGAAGAUGUACCCCCCUGAGUACUUUGGAGACAGAUUAAAAAAUGAUUUAAGCGAUUUAGAAUAUCUAGACUUUAUCGUUAAUGAUAGUUACACCAAGGCGGUGAAUGAUAUUUAUUCUAACUUCCCACAUGAUACCCUUAAUAGCAAAACUCCCUACGUUUUAGACAAUUCUGCUGUCGAUAAAUUAAAGAAAAUGUUGAAUGAGCAAAUAGCUCUAGGAGGUUAUCGUCUGAGGCGAUACUUAAAAAUUAUGAUUGAAAACGUACCGGAUGAUCUUGUGAAGGUGAAUAAGUGUAAUAAAUAG